AUGACUGGUGGAAGUGAUGGUCACAACACUUUGGCCUUCAAAUUUGCCAGAGUUUGGAUACCUGAUCCCGAAGAAGUUUGGAAGUCAGCAGAGCUGCUCAAAGAUUAUAAGCCAGGAGAUAAAGUCCUCCUGCUUCACCUUGAGGAAGGAAAGGAUUUGGAAUAUCGUCUAGAUCCAAAGACCAAGGAACUGCCUCACUUAAGAAACCCUGACAUACUUGUGGGUGAAAAUGACCUCACAGCCCUCAGCUAUCUUCAUGAGCCUGCUGUGCUCCACAAUCUCAGAGUCCGCUUUAUUGAUUCCAAGCUUAUUUACACAUAUUGUGGUAUAGUCCUAGUAGCUAUAAAUCCUUACGAGCAGCUGCCUAUUUAUGGAGAAGAUAUUAUUAAUGCCUAUAGUGGUCAGAACAUGGGUGAUAUGGAUCCACAUAUCUUUGCAGUAGCCGAAGAAGCUUACAAGCAAAUGGCCAGAGAUGAACGAAAUCAGUCCAUCAUUGUAAGUGGAGAGUCUGGGGCAGGAAAAACAGUCUCAGCUAAGUAUGCCAUGCGAUACUUUGCAACUGUGAGUGGUUCUGCCAGUGAAGCCAAUGUUGAGGAAAAGGUCUUGGCCUCCAACCCCAUCAUGGAGUCAAUUGGAAAUGCUAAGACAACCAGGAAUGAUAAUAGUAGCCGUUUUGGGAAGUAUAUCGAGAUUGGCUUUGAUAAGAGAUAUCGAAUCAUUGGUGCCAAUAUGAGAACUUACCUUUUAGAGAAAUCCCGAGUGGUGUUCCAGGCAGAAGAAGAGAGAAACUAUCAUAUCUUCUAUCAGCUUUGUGCCUCAGCAAAGUUACCUGAAUUUAAAAUGCUGCGAUUAGGAAAUGCAAAUAGCUUUCAUUAUACAAAGCAAGGUGGCAGCCCUGUGAUUGAAGGAGUUGACGAUGCGAAGGAGAUGGUAAAUACCAGGCAGGCCUGCACUCUGCUAGGAAUUAGUGAAUCCUAUCAGAUGGGAAUUUUCCGAAUACUUGCUGGCAUCCUUCACUUAGGCAACGUUGGAUUUACGUCUCGAGAUUCAGACAGCUGCACGAUACCUCCCAAGCAUGAACCUCUCAGCAUCUUCUGUGACCUCAUGGGCGUGGACUAUGAGGAGAUGUGUCACUGGCUCUGCCACCGGAAGCUGGCUACCACCUCGGAAACGUACAUCAAGCCCAUCUCCAAGCUGCAGGCCACAAAUGCCCGUGAUGCUCUGGCCAAGCACAUCUAUGCCAAGCUCUUCAACUGGAUUGUAGAUCACGUCAAUAAGGCUCUCCAUUCUUCUGUGAAACAGCACUCAUUUAUUGGGGUGCUGGACAUUUAUGGAUUUGAAACAUUUGAGAUAAACAGUUUUGAACAGUUUUGCAUAAAUUAUGCAAAUGAAAAACUACAGCAACAAUUCAAUAUGCAUGUCUUCAAAUUAGAGCAAGAGGAAUAUAUGAAGGAACAAAUUCCAUGGACUCUCAUAGAUUUUUAUGAUAAUCAACCUUGCAUUAAUCUUAUAGAAUCUAAACUGGGUAUUCUAGAUUUGCUGGAUGAGGAAUGCAAGAUGCCUAAAGGUACAGAUGAUACUUGGGCCCAAAAAUUGUACAACACACAUUUGAACAAAUGUGCACUGUUUGAAAAGCCUCGUCUAUCAAACAAAGCUUUCAUCAUCCAACAUUUUGCAGAUAAAGUGGAAUACCAGUGUGAAGGCUUUCUGGAAAAGAAUAAAGACACCGUUUUUGAAGAACAAAUUAAAGUUCUUAAGUCAAGCAAGUUUAAGAUGCUACCAGAAUUAUUUCAGGAUGUUGAGAAAGCCAUCAGUCCAGCCUCAGCCACCUCUUCAGGGCGUACACUCCUCACCCGCACUCCUUCAAAGCCCACCAAAGGCCGGUCAGCCCAGACAGCCAAAGAGCACAAGAAAACGGUGGGGCACCAGUUCCGAAACUCCCUUCACCUGCUUAUGGAGACCCUCAAUGCCACUACCCCUCACUAUGUGCGCUGUAUUAAGCCUAAUGACUUCAAGUUCCCAUUCACGUUUGAUGAGAAGAGGGCAGUGCAGCAACUGAGAGCAUGUGGUGUCCUGGAGACCAUCCGAAUCAGUGCGGCGGGUUUCCCCUCACGGUGGACUUACCAAGAAUUUUUCAGCCGCUACCGUGUCCUAAUGAAACAAAAAGAUGUGCUGAGUGACAGAAAGCAAACAUGCAAGAAUGUAUUAGAAAAACUGAUAGUGGACAAGGACAAAUACCAGUUUGGUAAGACAAAGAUCUUUUUUCGUGCCGGUCAAGUGGCCUAUCUAGAAAAAUUGAGGGCAGACAAGCUGAGGGCUGCCUGCAUCCGGAUCCAGAAGACAAUCCGAGGGUGGCUGCUGCGAAAGAAGUACCUGCGCAUGCGGAAGGCGGCCAUCACUGUGCAGCGAUACGUGCGAGGUUACCAGGCCCGAUGCUAUGCGAAGUUCCUGCGCAGAACCAAGGCAGCCACUACCAUUCAGAAGUACUGGCGUAUGUAUGUAACCCGGAGGAGGUACAAGAUAAAGCGAGCUGCCACGAUUGUUCUUCAGGCUUAUUUGCGAGGCUACUUGGCCAGAAAUAGGUAUCGCAAGAUACUCCGUGAGCACAAAGCAGUGGUCAUUCAGAAGUGGGUCCGGGGCUGGCUGGCUCGCACCCGCUACAAGAGGAGCAUGCAUGCCGUCAUCUACCUUCAGUGCUGCUUCCGGCGGAUGAUGGCCAAGCGCGAGCUGAAGAAGCUCAAGAUCGAGGCCCGUUCCGUGGAGCGCUACAAGAAGCUGCACAUUGGCAUGGAGAACAAGAUCAUGCAGUUGCAGCGCAAAGUAGAUGAGCAGCAUGUGCCUAAGCCUGGACACAAGAGAACAGACUCCACCCACAGCAGCAAUGAGUCUGAGUACACCUUUAGCUCUGAAAUUGCAGAAACCGAAGACAUCCCGUUGAGGACAGAGGAGCCAAGCGAGAAGAAGGUGCCUCUGGACAUGUCAUUGUUCCUCAAGCUCCAGAAAAGGGUCACAGAGCUGGAGCAGGAGAAGCAGGUGAUGCAGGAUGAGCUGGACCGCAAGGAGGAGCAGGUGCUUCGCAGCAGGGCAAAGGAAGAGGAACGACCGCCAAUCAGAGGUGCAGAACUGGAAUAUGAGUCACUGAAGCGUCAAGAACUAGAAUCAGAAAACAAAAAACUGAAAAAUGAGUUAAAUGAGUUGCGCAAGGCCCUGAGCGAGAAAAGCGCCCCCGAGGUGACGGCUCCAGGUGCACCAGCCUACCGCGUCCUCAUGGAGCAGCUGACCUCCGUGAGUGAGGAGCUGGAUGUCCGCAAGGAGGAAGUCCUCAUCUUGAGGUCUCAGCUAGUGAGCCAGAAAGAGGCCAUCCAACCCAAGGAUGACAAGAAUACAAUGACAGAUUCCACAAUACUUUUGGAAGAUGUACAAAAAAUGAAAGAUAAAGGUGAAAUAGCACAAGCAUACAUUGGUUUGAAAGAAACAAACAGAACGUAUUUUGAGGAAUUAUAUGCAGAUGACCCUAAGAAGUAUCAAUCAUACCGGAUUUCACUUUACAAACGGAUGAUUGAUUUGAUGGAACAACUUGAAAAACAAGAUAAGACUGUCCGGAAACUGAAAAAACAACUGAAAGUUUUUGCCAAAAAAAUUGGUGAACUAGAAGUGGGCCAGAUGGAAAACAUAUCCCCAGGACAGAUCAUUGAUGAACCUAUUCGUCCAGUCAACAUUCCCAGGAAAGAAAAGGAUUUCCAAGGAAUGCUGGAAUACAAGAAGGAGGAUGAGCAAAAACUUGUUAAGAACCUGAUUCUGGAACUGAAGCCACGUGGUGUAGCAGUCAAUUUGAUUCCAGGAUUACCAGCGUAUAUCCUGUUUAUGUGUGUUCGACAUGCUGACUACCUGAAUGACGAUCAGAAAGUAAGGUCGUUGCUAACGUCAACAAUUAACAGCAUCAAAAAAGUAUUAAAGAAACGAGGUGAUGAUUUUGAAACUGUCUCCUUCUGGCUUUCUAACACAUGCCGAUUUUUGCACUGUUUGAAGCAGUACAGUGGAGAAGAGGGCUUUAUGAAACACAACACGUCUCGCCAGAAUGAACACUGCCUCACCAAUUUUGACCUGGCUGAGUACCGGCAGGUGCUAAGUGACUUGGCCAUUCAGAUCUACCAGCAGCUCGUUCGGGUGUUAGAAAAUAUCCUCCAGCCGAUGAUCGUCUCCGGCAUGCUGGAGCAUGAGACCAUUCAGGGCGUAUCCGGGGUGAAGCCCACAGGGCUGAGAAAGCGCACCUCCAGCAUCGCCGACGAGGGCACCUAUACGCUGGACUCCAUCCUCCGGCAGCUCAACUCCUUCCACUCGGUCAUGUGUCAGCACGGCAUGGACCCUGAGCUCAUCAAGCAGGUGGUCAAGCAGAUGUUCUACAUCGUGGGGGCCGUCACCCUGAACAACCUCCUCCUGCGGAAGGACAUGUGCUCGUGGAGUAAAGGCAUGCAGAUCAGGUACAAUGUCAGUCAACUGGAAGAAUGGCUACGUGACAAGAAUCUGAUGAACAGUGGGGCUAAAGAAACCCUGGAACCUCUCAUUCAGGCUGCUCAGCUUUUGCAAGUGAAAAAGAAAACAGAUGACGAUGCAGAAGCCAUUUGUUCCAUGUGCAAUGCUUUAACCACUGCCCAGAUCGUCAAAGUGCUGAAUUUGUAUACGCCAGUUAAUGAGUUUGAAGAAAGAGUCUCUGUGUCAUUUAUCCGUACUAUACAGAUGCGUUUACGAGACAGGAAAGACUCUCCUCAGCUGCUCAUGGAUGCUAAACACAUCUUUCCUGUCACCUUUCCUUUUAACCCAUCCUCCCUCGCGCUAGAAACCAUCCAGAUUCCAGCCAGCCUGGGCCUGGGAUUCAUAUCCCGGGUCUGAAAGUGAUGUCAAGGCAAACAGUGACAGUACAUUUCAUGCCUGAAAUAAGAACCCAUUAUUCCCAGUGAGCUACUGAAAACACAUUUUUAAAGAGAAAGUAGUGACUAUCUUUCAAACAAGAGGUUAUUGACUGGAAAUCUCCCUAGAGUACUUUCACCACUUUGGAAAGACAGGAAGUCAGGCUCUUUUCUGCUGUGUUACCUUUAGAGCAACACUCACCCUGAUCAGCUAGGCAUCCCGAGUUUACAUGCAGGUGAAUGAUGGAGGGAAGGGGAAAAAAAAAAAAUGUGUCUUCAGCUGCUAGCAUUUAUUUUAAAUCCUUAUCACUGCAUCUAAAUAGUAUAAAAAAUGUAAAUUCCAGAUAUGAGCUGUUGUUAGAAAGGCAUCAACAGAGAAGAACCUCCUCCAUGCUAACCAGAAGAAAAAUCGCUAUUGAGUCCAUAUCAGUUUAGGAAUCAAUUAUGUUGAUGUUGUUGAGCUGCAUCAAAUAAAUAAACUGGCAAUAUGUAUAGUAGUUGGUCAAGUACCUUCCUUGUAUGUGUCACUAUAAUGUAGAGAUAUUAAGAGAAUGUUGGUUUGCCGUAUAGCAUAGAAGUCCAUUUGUACUGUAGUUUCCUGAGCAUUUUAAAUUGCUGCUACAUACUGUGUUCUUUAAAAUGUAAACGAUACUCUUAUUAGGCACUACAACAAUAAGCUUCUCUUCAAUCACCUCUGUUUACAAUUCAGUAGAUCACAGUUUUAACUGGAUUAUGUGCAAAUAUCCACAGAUGCUCUCGUGGAAGUAGCAGACACUGGGAAGUGAUGUAGUAAUGUGACAAAAUGUUUGACAUUUUUUAGGGAUAGGAUUAGACAGAAUGGCUAUUGUUGAUGUCAUUAUUCAUUGAGGACGUGUUACAUUGACGUGCUCAUUAAUUUUCCCUUGGUGGGUGUCACAUCAGGGUACAGUGUUCUGUGAAGUGACUUAUUUUUAGUUCCCAAUUCUAAUUCCUGCAAUGCAUAUAUUUUCAACCUUGACAGGUUUUCUUUCUUCUUCUUAAUUUAUUAAGAAUUAAUCUCAGUCAUCGUCUAGAGAGCAUUGUCAGAAUAUUCAUGAUUCAGGUCUUGAAACCUUGAUUAUCCUAUAAAUUAUGCAAAAGAAGGUGUAUAAUAAAUUAUUAUGAUUCCAUUUUUUUAGGUUUUGCAACUUGUAUAAAUGUUCUCAGUACCACUAGAUACUUUAAAGAGCAUCCUACUAGAAAUACUUUGACUUAUAUAAGAAAUAUAAAAAGAUUGCUGAAUUUUACAGAGGAUUUGGCUCAGUGUGACCCAGAUUCUGUUUUCACUCUGAAAUUCUAAUUAAACCUAGUCUCCAUUUUUUUCUUAGAAAUCUUAUGUAAUUAAUCUUUCAGGUUGUGCAAAGGCAAAUUCUUAGCUUUCAUUAGAAACUCUGGUUCUGCAUUACAAUCAUAGAUUUAUAUAAUUUAACUCUUAGAUGGUUUAUUAAAAAAUGACAUCUUAUUAAGAUAUGUGCAAUAUUAUUAAUGGAAGUCAAACAGUUUCAAAUCAACGAUAAAGAUGGUUAUUAAAAGAUAAGUACUGUCAACUUA